AUGGCAGGUGAUAACUCUGAAAAAGAAGUCAUGGGAUUCCAGGGACGAUUUGGAAUAAAUUAUAGCCAUCAAAAGGAUAUCACAGCUCAUUUUGGUGGAAGGCUUUCCACGUCGCUUCGCGUACGUCUCCAGGAGAGCGCCGAUUGCACCAGCUGGCGGAGAGGAGGGGUGGGAGCCAGCGGCAGAAAAGGAGGCGGCGGCGCGGCCGCAACCGGCUGGGGCUCCGGUCCCCAGCUCGCGGGUCCUUCCCGACGAAGUCCCUGCGCGGCCCGACCCAGUGUGAGUAUUCCCCACUCGCUCUCUUCCUCCCGCAGGCGGCACCGCCUGUUCAUUAGAGGUGAGAGCGUCCGCCGGGCAGACGGACCUGCUGGGGGCGGGGGUGCUCACGUGCGGAGGGGCUCACCUCCGGCUCGCUGCUGCCCCUCAGCGGGGCUUCCCCAGGGCGUGGGUGGGGGGAGGGAGGUAGAGGUGCUUUCGCGGGGCGAGGCUCUUAGCUCCCGGAGCCGGACUAGCGAAGCGUGGAGUCGCCGCGGCCCGGUUGGGGGCUUUGUGUGCAGUUUAGAGUCCGUAGCUCUGCUUUUCACGGCGCAGUUGGGGAAGAGGGCUCGUGACAGACCCAGGCUCGCGGGGAGUCUUGCCCACCGCAAACCCCAGCGGAGGGCGAGGAGAGCGCGGGUCGGGCGGUUGGCAACGCGAGCCCGCGUGGGGGUCGCCCGUGCCCGAGGUUGCGGGGCCGGCGAGUCGCUCGCUGGGGGAUGCGGUGAGAGCGCCGGCCAGAAAGGUCCUUUCAAGCACGGAUCGCAGUGCCCAGUGGUCAAUACCCUUACUUUUAUCCAGUGUCUGCUUCAUUUAAACUUAAUCAACUCCAUCAACGAACUGGAACAGGGAAACGUCCCUGCGGUCAGAACAACUGGGUUAAGAUCUGGAGAAGACAUUGAGUUUUCCCUAUGGGGGAAGGAGGGGGAGAAAGGAAGCUAAUUGAGUUUUACUGUGCGGCGGAAGGACUACUCCAGGCACCAGUGUGGCUUCUAAUGUGAGGAAAAACACGGAAUGACAAGUGUGGGAAAGAGCAAGCACUAAAUUACUGUCAGAAAAAUAAACGGAGUAGCACAGUGGUGCUCAGUGAUUUACGGGGGCAAUUAGUCACCACCCCACGGCGCUGCUGAGGACAGCACGGCAGCAGACGCGUCAGGCCUGAGAGGAAGAAGAGGCUUUGCACUGCUCUCCAGACAACUUUUCAAACAAGAGAGGAUAUUUGAGUACAUUAGGUUCCAUGUCUUCAUUCUGGGUGCCCACCCUUCACAUUAUCCAGCCAACCUAAUACAUAAACGUAUUUUUAACACAAUAUUAACCUGUUCUGUGUGUGUUAAAAAGACUCCCAACUGCAGCUUUUUUCUCUCCCACUGUCUAAAGUAGGUUUUCCCCAUUCCUUAAAUGAAACAAACAAAUAAAAAAACCUUUCCCUGGUCCCAAAUUGUCCUCCUGA